GUGUUCACGUGCCUAAUGUUCUCUUUCACGAUCAUGCUGAUGCUGGGCGUGGGGCUUGGGUACAAUCACGCCUACGUCGAGAUCACUGGGAAAAAGUCUAGACUGAGAACUGAUAAUGAAACUACUGGUGCAAUAGGAACCAACAACACAAAUAUCACAGAAAGCAAGGAGAAACAAAAUAUAUUAGAUGAUACCGUAUUCGGAUUGCCUAGUGAUUUCGAGGCUGAUGAAUGGCGUUUAAAGCGAAACCGGAUCUCAAGUUCAGAUGCUAACGCUACCACGGAAGAUUCUCCCCUAUCCCCUACCAUGGUAAUCCCUCUCCGGUCGAAGAGUAAUCAUUUGCUUAUACAAAUACUCAGAAAAGUGGAGAAGCAAAAGAAAAAUAUAACCUUGGAGAUCGUCGCAACGUGAUACGGAGAAAGAUGGGAUGGGACCUAAUCUCAAUUUGUUGUGUUUUUGUAGACGUGAAACAUUG